CCCAUCUCGCAUUAGCUCCUUCAGCGGACAAGGAUCAUGUUUCUCUUAAAAAAUGGGCUUGGGACGGCGAUGCGAGCCUCACUCUUCUUCUCCCGUUUCCGCAAGGCGUACGGCGUUGCUGGCAUUGGGAAUUGCCAUCGAUAGAUGUGUUGGCAUUAAUUCAUAAUACCCUAUUUGCUUGUAACUAGCCAGCGAAGCACACCAUGGACGUCCCCUCAAGAAACGAGCCGUGGAGCGUCGUCGACAUGGUUGGCCUAUCCCCCCCCGUCGACUGCUCCAAACCCUACGACACUUCCACACUCGCCGGCAAGACCAUCCUCAUCACAGGCGGGGCCUCGGGCUUCGGGGCCGCCUUUGCCCGGCACUGGGCCAGUCACGGCGCACACCUCAUCAUCGGCGACGUCAACGACCGUGUCGGCGAGGAACUCGUCGCCGAGCUCCGCUCUGCCCCAUCCACCAACCCCGGCCAAGUCAUCGUCUACCAACACUGCGACGUGACAUCCUGGCCCGACCAAGUCUCGCUCUUCCAAACCGCCAUCUCCUCCUCCCCAACCCACUCCAUCGACGCCGUCGUAGCCGGCGCCGGCAUCAUCGAGAAGGGCGAUCCCCUCACGCCCUCUCCCACCUCCCCCUUCGACCUCCCUCACAACCUCGACCCCUCCACCAACAACAACACCCCACCGCCACCACCCCCGCUCAACAUCCUCGCCGUCAACCUCACCGGCGUCAUGUACACCACCCACCUCGCCCUCUACCACCUCCCGCGCAACAACAACAACGACAACAACGCCACCCAAACCACCCCCCAAGCCAAGACCCCCACCCCCACCAAAACCCAUACCCCCGACCGCCACAUCCUCCUAAUCUCCUCCAUCGCCGGCCUGUGCCCCCUCCCCGGCCAGACCGAAUACACCGUCUCCAAGCACGCCGUCAUGGGCCUGUUCCGCGCGCUGCGCGGCACGGCGUGGGCGGCGCACGGCGUGCGGGUCAACGCCAUCGCGCCUUACUUUGUCGACACGCCGCUGCUGCCGCGCGCGGGCAUGGCGCUGCUGGCGGGGGCGGCGAAAGCGGAACUAAGGGAUGUGGUGGAUGCGGCGACGAGGUUGAUGGCGGAUGAGGGGGUGAGGGGGAGGGCGCUUUGUGUGGGGCCGGGUGUGAGGGUUGUUGAUGGUGGUGGUGGUGGUGGUGAAGGGGAAGGGGAGGGGGGGGUUGGGAUUGGGGGGGUGAGGGUUGUGGAGGGGGAGGGUGGGGUCGGUGGUGUGGAGGGGGAGAGGAGGCAGGCGGUCUGGGAGGUUUAUGGGCAUGAUUAUGAGAGGGUGGAGGCGUUUGUGUGGAGGUAUUUGGCGGUGAUGAAUUUGAUGAGGGGGGUUAAGGGGUGGGUAGGGUUUAUGAGUGAUAUGGUGGGGAUAUGUUUUGGAAGGAGGGGGAGGAGGUAGAGGGUGUUUGUCUUCCCAGAGUUGUCUUGUAUUUGGCGGCUACUAGACAUAUUGCCGCUCUGCCUUCUGCGCUGUAGAUGAUGGAUAAAUAGGAGCGUUGCACCCUGCCAUGUUACGGGCCACACUUUCCUGC